AUGCUACAGUUUCUUGGCCCUCCAACUCCAUCGAGGUAUAGUCGCCACCAGCCUCAAAAUGAGACUUUAAAAGAGCUCAAUGUCGGCUAUUUGUUAAUUGAGUACAUCGAGCAAUCCAAAGGGGAAAUGCUGUCAUCCACUUGGUCUCUGAAGCGAGAUGACGCGAAGCUGCGGGCGAAUUUUUUCCGUGACCUUAGCAGAAUAUUUUUGAGCUUAUCCAAGACACCUGUCUCGAGGAUUGGGUCUUUUAUCAUCGAUCAAAAUGGGUUUAUACGCCUUCAAAAUCGACCACUGUCUCUAGGGAUACAAGAUUUGGAGAACGAGCGCAUUCCGACAGAUAUGCCUCGAGACUACACUUACUCCACAGUCGAGUCAUAUGUAGUGGAUACGUUGGCCUAUCAUGAUAACCGGAUUCGCCAUCAGCCUAACGCUAUAAAUGACACUGGAGACUACAUAUAUCAAACAUCCGCCCUGACAAUGAUGCGGGCGGUUUUCCCAUCGUUUUUCCCAUCGUUUUUCCGUCGGGAUCUUCGUCGUGGUCCGUUUAUCUUUUCAUUAACAGAUCUACACCAGAGUAAUAUCUUUGUUGACGAGAACUGGCACAUAACGUCGCUUGUUGAUCUAGAGUGGGCAUGUUCUCUCCCUGUUGAGAUGGUUCAGCCUCCUCACUGGUUCACCGCUCUGGCUGUGGAUAAGAUGGUAUCCGAGGAAUAUGACAAAUUUCGGCAGGAAUUCAUGUCUAUCCUAACAACCGAGGAAGAAGAAAACCACCGUUCGCGUCACGGGGGUUUUCCUGCAACGUUAAAACUAUCAGAUGUAAUGCGUACGACUUGGAACAAUGGCACCUUUUGGUAUAGCCUUGCUCUGUCAAGUCCUACGGGAAUCUUCUAA